AAAAAUCUCAAAAAAUAUCAUCUAACAAUAAAAAAAUAAACCAACAAAAAUAAUGUUAAAGUAUUUCGAUUUAGAUGAAAGUUAUUCGCGUUUUCCCGAAAUUAAACGUGAAGAAGUGCAAAAAAUACAACAAUGGAUGCAGGCCCAACCGCACAUGACCAAUUUGUGUGAACAGGAAAUUUUGCUGUUCUUUUUCGCAUGUCGCUAUAGUACGGAAUAUUCGAAACAAGUUAUCGACACAAAUCUAACAUGUCGUACUCAUGUUGAGGAAUUCUUUGGAAAUUUAGAUGUUGAUCGUCCUGAUUUCAAGCGUUGUAUGAAUACAAUUGCAAUUUGUCCAGUACCGAAAACGACACCGGAAGGAUAUAGAGUCAUUAUGGGUAAACUGGCUGAUACGAAUACUGCCAAUUAUAAUUUUGCCGACACAAUGAAAUUAUAUUGUUUAAUCUUUGAUAUUUGGCUGAAUGAAGACGGUCUGCGUCCCGGUCAUAUAAUUGUCAUCGAUCUAAAGGGCUGCACAUUGGGCCAUGUGGCACGUAUUGGCUUAUUACAAAUGAAGAAGUUUUUGUUCUAUCUACAGGAUGCUGCACCCGUACGUCUGGUGGGAUUCCAUUUUAUCAACAUCGUACCGUUCAUGGAUAAAAUCUUAGCCUUAAUGAAUCCAUUCAUGAAAAAAGAACUACUGAGCAUUUUACACUUGCACAACACCCUGGACGAUUUUUAUAAAUUUGUACCCAAAGAAAUUCUACCACAAGAUUAUAAUGGACCCGAAAUGGAAAUGAUUAAUAUGAGAGAAGUGUUUUAUAAAAAGUUGCGCGACAAUCGUCAAGAAAUCUUGGAGUAUGAACGUGAUCAUCGUAUUAAUGAAAAAUUGCGUCCGGGUAAACCCAAAAAUGCCUCGGAUCUAUUUGGAAUAGAAGGCAACUUUAAGAAAUUAGACAUAGAUUAAGAUAAUAUUAAAUAAGAGUCAUCUAAAUGAUAAUUUUAGUAAAAAUAUUUAAUAAAGUGAAAUUUGAUGGGGUGUUUGAAAUGUUA